AUGCUGAAAAUUUUCUCGAGUCUCUGUCGACAACGUACAUCACAUUAUCUCAUACAAAAUAUCAGCCGCCGCUCACGUACACGUUAUGUCUCCUACGAUGCAAAAUCCUUCGUACCAAAUGAGAAUGGACCGAAUAUCCAACUCGUUCGUUGGUUAACGAAAGAAAUGGAAAACGAGGGCAUCCCAAACGUGGAGAAUGGACCAUAUAAGGCUCGCGCAUUUCAGCAUGCCUUUAAGGCAUUAGACGCACUACCUCAAGCCAUUACUUCUGGCGAGGAAGCUUUAAAGGUUGUUGGUGUCGGCAAAGGCAUCGCGCGCAGAAUAGAUGUAUAUCUAAGUCAGGGUGCUGAGGGAUCUUCUCCAAAGCCAGCUGCUCCUCCAAAGAAAACACCUGAAGAUAUCGAGCGAGAAAGGACGCUCUUGGAGUUUCGACGUGUACCGGGGAUCGGACAGGUUAAAGCCAAGAGGCUUUAUGACGCUGGCUGCCGCUCGCUUGAUGACCUUCGAAAUCCGGAGCACUUCAAGAGCUUGUCUGCUCCGAUCCGAGCCGCUCUCGACUAUGUUGACCAUUUGAGCGAGAGGGUGACUCGAGCUGAAAUUGAAACAGUCACGAACAUUAUCGGGCCUUUAAUUUCUUCUGAAACUAGAAUGCAUGCAGUAGGUAGCUACCGACGUGGUCUACCAUCAUGCGGUGAUGUCGAUAUAAUUUUCUUCCAUCCUUCAUGUACCUACGUUCCUCGACCUGGAGAGAAAACGAUGUCAUGCGACUCGUCCUCCGCAUCCUCCACAACCCCAGCGACUAAACGGCGCGGUCGGCCAGCAAAGCAUGUCACGCCCUCACAAGUUAAACAAGAUACACUUCUGCGAGAACUUGUUUUACGGCCCUUGGAACGUGCCGGUCUGCUUGCUGCGACCUUAACGGAGGGUUCUCGAAAAUGGCAGGGUAUUGUGCGUAUUCCCUUAGAAACUGCUACUUCUCAACCGGCUUCCGGCAAUGGAAGAGCGAAUUGCAUUUACCGUCGAAUGGACUUGUCGUUAUAUCCAACUCUUUCCGAAGGCGCUGCUUUACUUGCCACUACAGGCGACGCAGAUUUCAACGCUCACGUCCGCAGAUGCGCGUCCAAGCAAGGUUUACUCCUGAACGAAUUCGGGCUCUGGAAGUUCUGUCCUCAAUCAUCACCCGAAACUGAAACAGAAAAUACAUCAUCUUCCAAAAAUUCCGAAAACGUAACGGGAUCGAAUUCGGACGCCGAGGGUCGAUGGGAACUCGUAGCGAGUAGUACGGAGAAAGAGAUACUGGAUGAACUCGGCGUGGAGUACGUCGGGCCUGAAAGGCGUAAUUUUACUUUCGUGGUGAGCAAGUCGAAGCAGGGGUCAAUGUUGAAGUUGCAGAGGGCGGUGGUUAAGGCUCGGAAAGCCAAGUUAAAAUGA